AUGGUGAUUCCGGUUUUCUACGGUGUAGAUCCUUCACAUGUAAGGAAACAAACCGGUGAUUUUGGAAAGGUCUUUGAUGAGACAUGCCUCAAGAGCACAGAGGAAGUGAAGAUUCAAUGGAAGGAAGCUUUGACGAACGUAGCAAAUCUCCUUGGAUAUCAUUCUGUGACAUGGGGUAACGAAGCUACAAUGAUUGAAGCAAAUCGCCAAUGA